UGCAUGAAUUAAAAUUAAAAAAAAAAAUCAUAUUAUAAUAAUUAAUUUGUGAAAUCUACUUAAGUAGUGUUUGAAGCUCACUACACUACACUCGAUAAGUCAACAUGCAGCCGAGUAAAUAUGUUGGCCUCGUGGCCGAUUUGAUGCCGAACAUACGUCUGAUGAAGUACUCGGGCUUGUUCAUGCACAACUUCACUGGCGGUUCCGGACUCUUUAAGAAAAUUUACUCAUCCAUGCAUUUGGUUUUGGUUUUGGUGCAAUUUCUAUUGAUACUGGUGAAUUUGGCAUUAAAUGCGGAGGAGGUGAAUGAGUUGUCCGGCAAUACAAUAACCGUGCUCUUCUUCACUCAUUGCAUAACGAAAUUCAUCUAUUUGGCCGUUACACAGAAGCAGUUCUACAGAACGUUGAAUAUAUGGAAUCAAGUGAAUUCGCAUCCAUUGUUCGCCGAGUCGGAUGCGCGCUACCACUCGAUUGCGCUCGCCAAAAUGCGAAAGCUCUUCACGCUGGUUAUGCUCACCACCGUCGUUUCAGCUGUGGCUUGGACUACUAUUACAUUCUUCGGUGAGAGCGUUAAAUUUGCCUUCGACAAGGAUACCAACUCUUCAAUAACCGUUGAAAUUCCACGCUUGCCCAUUAAAUCCUUCUACCCGUGGAAUGCCGGCUCGGGCAUGUUUUACAUAAUCAGUUUCGCUUUUCAAUGCUACUAUCUGCUCUUCUCUAUGGUUCACUCUAAUUUAUGUGAUGUGCUCUUUUGCUCGUGGUUGAUUUUCGCCUGCGAGCAGUUACAACACCUGAAAGGUAUCAUGAAACCGUUGAUGGAGCUGUCAGCCUCAUUGGACACCUAUCGGCCAAAUUCGGCUGCACUAUUUCGUUCGCUAUCGGCCAAUUCUAAAUCGGAAUUGAUAAAUAAUGAGGAGAAGGAACCCACUGAUCUGGACGUUAGUGGCAUUUACAGCUCCAAAGCAGAUUGGGGCGCACAGUUUCGUGCACCAUCAACGUUACAAACCUUCAAUGGCAUGAAUGGUACCAAUCCGAAUGGUUUGACCAGAAAGCAGGAGAUGAUGGUGCGCAGUGCCAUUAAAUAUUGGGUUGAACGACACAAGCACGUUGUAAGAUUAGUUGCAGCUAUCGGCGACACAUAUGGCGGCGCUUUGUUGUUGCACAUGUUGACAUCCACCAUUAUGCUAACGUUGUUGGCUUAUCAGGCCACGAAGAUCACCGGCGUCAAUGUUUACGCCUUCACCACGGUCGGUUAUUUGUGCUAUGCUUUGGCGCAGGUAUUUCACUUUUGCAUAUUUGGCAAUCGGCUGAUUGAGGAGAGCUCAUCCGUUAUGGAGGCAGCCUACUCCUGCCAUUGGUAUGAUGGCUCCGAGGAGGCCAAGACUUUUGUCCAGAUCGUUUGCCAGCAGUGCCAAAAGGCGAUGUCCAUAUCAGGAGCGAAGUUUUUCACCGUCUCAUUGGAUUUGUUUGCAUCGGUUCUUGGCGCUGUGGUCACCUAUUUCAUGGUGUUGGUACAAUUGAAGUGAAGCAGCAGUGCAGACGAAAGCAUAAAAGUACGAGGCGAAAUACUUAAAAAUAUAUUUAAGAAAAACAACAACAACAAUAGUUUGGAACACCUGUAUGCAAGGGAUUGGAAAUAUCAAAAAAUGCAAGUUGGUCCGUCUCAGCGAAUGUCUAGUCAACAAAACAUCAAAGGAAAUGCGUUACCUAUGUGUUUGUAACGUAACGUGAAAAAAAAAUUAUAUAAAAAUUAUUUAAAUGUUUUAUUUUU